CUCUCGUUGUUUGGCUCUCCGUUUGCAAAAUGGCGACUUCCCUGGGAUCCAACACCUACAACAGACAGAACUGGGAAGACGCGGACUUUCCAAUUUUGUGUCAAACAUGUUUGGGAGAAAAUCCGUACAUCCGAAUGACCAAGGAGAAAUACGGGAAAGAAUGCAAGAUUUGUGCUCGACCCUUUACCGUAUUCAGAUGGUGCCCAGGCACACAGAUGCGUUUCAAAAAGACAGAAGUUUGCCAAACCUGCAGUAAAAUGAAGAACGUUUGUCAGACGUGUCUUCUGGACCUGGAAUACGGUUUGCCUAUCCAGGUUCGAGAUACCGGACUCUCGAUAAAGGAUGACAUUCCCAGGUCAGAUGUGAAUAAAGAGUACUACACACAGAACAUGGAGAGAGAGAUAGCCCAUUCUGAUGGCACUCGGCCGGUGGGCCAGCUUGGCAAGGCGACCAGCUCCAGUGACAUGUUGCUCAAACUGGCUCGAACUACCCCAUACUACAAGAGAAAUCGCCCCCAUAUCUGCUCCUUCUGGGUGAAGGGAGAGUGUAAGAGGGGGGAGGAGUGUCCUUACAGGCACGAGAAGCCUACGGAUCCUGAGGAUCCUCUGGCUGACCAGAACAUUAAAGACCGUUACUAUGGCAUCAAUGAUCCGGUCGCUGACAAGCUGCUGAAACGGGCCUCGACUAUGCCCCGACUGGAUCCACCAGAGGACAAAUCCAUCACCACCCUUUACAUCGGGGGGUUGGGAGAUAAUGUCACAGAUGGAGAUCUGAAGAGCCACUUUUACCAAUUUGGUGAAAUUCGAACCAUCACCAUAGUCCAAAGGCAGCAGUGUUCCUUCAUCCAGUUUGCCACACGACAGGCGGCCGAGAUGGCUGCAGAGAAGUCCUUCAACAAACUAAUCAUCAACGGACGGAGGCUGACUGUCAAGUGGGGAAGAUCUCAAGCAGCAAAAGGCAAAGAGGGUGUGAAGGACGGUGUGAGUGAGAUGGGCACCAGACUCGAUCCUGUACCCGGACUGCCUGGAGCUCUGCCCCCACCACCAGCUCUAGAUGAAGAGGCGCCUGCAAACUACUUCAAUCUGGACCCUAGCUCAUCCCCUGCCAUCAUGAACAUUGCUUUGCCCCCACCCCCAGGCCUAAACCCACCCCCUCCAGGUUUUGGCCCUCCAAUGUUUCACCCUUUGGGUCACAUGGCCCCACCUGUGCCCCCUCCUAUGACAAUGAGACCUCCGGGGACAAUCCAUUAUCCCUCCCAGGAUCCUCAGCGCAUGGGUGCUCACGCUGCACUUGCCUCACGUCACACCGAAUAGCUGCUAGAUUAGACGUUUCUCGCCCUUAUGUCAGACCCGCUCAGAUGUUUUUACAAAGAGCUGCUGCGAACCUGAAGACAACUUUUAGUGGAAACAAGCGUCGCUGGGAUUAGUUAUUUCUUAUUACUCCCACCUGCAGAGGAGCAAGCCAAAUGAAAGAGCACAGUCUGUCACAGGAAACUCCAGGAAGGCUUGUACAUGAUGACUCUGUUAUCAAAAAAAAA